AUGCUGCCGCGUGUUGGUGAUCAAGAUGCUGUCCCAUCACUCCGCGCUAGCUUCCACCAAGCCCCUCCGAUCGCUGUGUCGACUCCCCUGCGCCAGGGCCGACCACACUCGCGCGCCGCCGGCCCUCUCCUGAGCUCGACCCGGAGCACCGUCGUCCAUCUGCGGAGCAACAUUGGUUCCAAGGACGAGGCCCAGCAGUACCUGUCCCACUUCACCUCCGUUUCCUCCCAGCAGUUCGCCGUUAUCAAGGUCAGUGGUGCGAUUAUCACCAAGCACCUCCAGACCCUGUCCUCGGCCCUCGCUUUCCUGAACCAUGUCGGUCUUUACCCGAUCGUCGUCCACGGUGCUGGUCCGCAGCUCAGUCGCAUGAUGGAAGCCGCCGGUGCUCUGUCGCUGGCGCGCAAGCUCGUCCUGGAGGAGAACAUAAAGUUGGUCGAGGAGCUGGAGCAUAUGGGUGUCCGUGCUCGGCCUAUCGCCGCUGGUGUGUUUUUGGCCGAUUACCUGGACAAGCUCAAGUAUAACCUGGUGGGUAAGAUCAAGGGCGUGAAGAAAAGCCCUAGUGAGUCGGCCAUUGCGGCUUGCUGGCUGCCCAUCCUACUCCCAUGGCCGAGAAUCCCCGAUGGCCAGAUGCUCAGUGUCAAUACCGAUGUGGCUGCUGGUGAGCUAGCCCGCGCUCUGCAACCAUUGAAGAUCGUUUACCUCGCAGAGAAGGGUGAUCUGUUCAAUGGCGAUACCAGCGAGAAUAUCUCCGCCAUCAAUCUCGACGAGGAGUAUUGCCACCUGAUGACUCAAUGGUGGGUCCGUCACGGAACUCGCCUGAAGAUCAAGGAGAGCAAGAAGUUGCUGAGCGACCUACCGCGCUCGUCCAGCGUGGCCAUCAUCCACCCUGCCGAUCUUCUGAAUGGGCUGUUCACCGACUCCAGUGCCGGUACGCGGAUUCGCCGAGGCAACAAGACCGACGUCCAGGCUUCUCUGUCCGUGUUCGGCGAGGGGCUGAAGGAUGAGGUAAUCCGUGACCGUGAGGGUCUCGAUGCUCGUGCCGUUGUUGACAGCUACGCCGAGGAGUUGGAGGAGUGUGACUUCAAGAUCUACUACGAUAACGCCAUGGACGCUCUCGCUGUUGUCCUCCCCCCACCACCUCAGGAGCGCUCUUCGAUGGCCCACCUGGCUGCAUUCACCAUCACCAAAAGGACUUCCCCAAGCUGGCCUGGCGAAAACCUGACCUGGUACUUCCACAAGGCCAAUGGUAGCCUCAGUCGCGACGGUGAGGUUCUAUUCUGGUUUGGUGCCGAGAAUGGCGAUGAGGUCAAGCAGCUUGUCCAGAAAUCCACCCAGCACGGCAGCCGGAUGUUCGGUAACUCCAACCUGGAGCACCGCCUCCACCGAGCUCACGAGGCCGCCAUGAGGGAGCUGUGGGGCCACGCGGGAGAAGGAGCGUGGGGGAUCGGACCAUUCGAAGAUACUGCUGCAAAUGGCUUUGGGUGCGAACUACUGCUGGAGCGCGGAGCCAAUGUCAACGCCGAGGGUGGCGACUACGGAAACACCCUCACAGGCCGCGUGUAA